UGAGACCACGCCCAAGUAUCUAGAUCUUGUUUAUGAAUUAUGGCGAUCGAAAUGGACAGUAUUGUCAAAGAAAACUCUCAACAAAAGUAUUGGUAUAGACCAAGCCACCACUUCUCACUUGCUUUUAGGAAGUUGGCAGAUAUGAGAAAGGCUGUUAAGAUGUGUGAUAUUUGUUUAAGGAUUUUGAAAGAGACGUUUUAUGCGCAUAAAGCUGUACUAGUUGCCUCUUCACCAUACUUCGAAGCUAUGUUUCUAAGUGGAAUGACUGAGUCACGGCAAGAUGAAAUCGAAUUGAUGGAAAUUGAUCCCAAAUCAUUUGAGUUAUUGUUGAACUUCUUCUAUGAAGGGGAGCUUUGUAUCACAGCUUCAAAUGUCCAAGCUCUCUUAAGUACGGCAAGUGUGUUCCAAGUAGAGCAAGUCAAGCUUGCAUGUUCUGAAUUUCUCGAAAGCCAGCUUCAACCUGAAAAUUGUUUAGGUAUCAUUAAUUUUGCUGAAGCUCAUGGUUGCCCUUCACUUAAAAGAGCAGCCUGCAGGUAUGCCAUUUCGAAGUAUGUCGAAGUGUCUAAGUGUGAAGAGUUCCUAACUCUGACGUUGCCCCAGGUGCUUAAUUUCCUGUGCAAGGAUGAUCUGCGAGUGAACGGAGAGGAAGAUGUGUACGAUUCGGCUUUACGAUGGGUUAACUUUGAUGUGCAAAGUCGGAGCGCUCUGUUACCAACAUUAUUAAGUAAGAUAAGGUUACCGUUGAUGUCUCCUGAAAUAUUGGUAGACAAAGUGAAAUCAAACAAGCUCAUAAAUAAUUCCUUGGAAUGCCGAGAUCUCCUCGAUGAAGCUCUUAUUAUAUAUUUGCUACCUGAGCGCAGUGGAAUCAUAUCAUCUGAGAAACGACGUGCUAGAAAAUGCUACAUUGAUACUGGCACAAUAUAUGCUGUCGGUGGAUUAAAUUCUCUAGGUGCUACACUGUCCUCUGUAGAAAGGUUUGAUUCGUCUUCAGAGACCUGGGAAUCUAUUACACCAAUGGGUACUCUAAGGAGUCGCGUGGGGGUUGCUGUUGUUGAUGAUAAGUUAUUUGCAUUUGGAGGCUAUGACGGUACUUCUCGACUUGCUACCGUUGAGUGCUAUGACUCAAAGGUAGAUGAAUGGAAAGUUAAGUCUUCAAUGACUUCCAGACGAAGUGCUCUAAGCAUUGCAGUUAUGGGUAGCAGUGUUUAUGUCGUUGGCGGGUAUGAUGGCAAUAACUCACUCAGUACCAUGGAGAGGUAUGACGUGAACAUUGAUCAAUGGCAUAAGGAGCCGUCCAUGCAUACUUGCCGAAGUGCAGCUGGAGCUAGUGUUUUAGGGAAGCACAUUUAUGUAGUAGGUGGACAUGAUGGCUUGUCAAUAUUCAAUACCGUUGAACAAUAUGAUCCGGUAUCAGCAGUGUGGACAAUGGUAACUCCUAUGAAUACACGGAGGUGUCGAGUUGGAGUGACAUCGAACAACAAGUUUCUUUACAGUGUUGGUGGAUAUGAUGGGCAAACAUUUUUAAAUACUGCCGAGUAUUAUGAUCCCGACAGCAAUCAGUGGUUUAUGCUGCCUCCAAUGGCGUGCAGUCGAAGUCGUGUUGGUGUAGCUGCAAUAGCUAAGAAUAUUUACGCUAUUGGCGGCUAUAACGGUUUGUCAAAUCUAAAUUCUGUGGAAGUUUUCAACACUGACAGUGAAGUUUGGUCUGCAGCACCAGCAAUGCAAACUCAUCAAGGUGGUGUAGGAGUAGCCGUGUUACUGAGGGAUUAAAAUUGAGCACCAUGCAUGGCGUGCAUACAGUGGAACCUCCGAAUAAAGGACACUUUGGGAGCAGAGCUUUUGUCCUCUUUUCGGAGGUUGUCCUCUGGUGGGAGGUUCAUUCAAAUUCAAAUUACUAUUUAUAGCUAUAUCAAGGAAUUAUAUAUAGAUAGUAUGUUCAUGUAUUGUUCAUUUAUUGUCUGUAUGAACACCCUAUAUUUUUAGUUCAAGAAACUAAGGAACUUGCUGAAAGCAAGAUGUACAA